CAGCUCGUUGGACUCGGCCUAAGAUACCUUCUCCUUCUAUGGAUGACAUUGAUCAAGUCGAGCCAACCGAGGGAACCGCUGUUGUCUUCAGAAGCUAAUGUAUGGGUAACUUGGGCUAAUAGAACAAAUCAUCCAGAUUUCUGUCUUAGCUUGAAAUCAGCAGGAGAGCCUUUUCGCACUUGUUUAAUUGGUUGGCCUGAUUAUGAUUUAUCCGCUUUUCAACAUUUUGUAUAUAGCGUUAAGAAGUGUAAUUAUAGUGAAACAGCUACCCGUAGUGCGUGCCUGAUUGGUCAACUGAAUAACACCCUUCCGUGGGAUCCUCAGGAAUUGGAUUUAUUAGGAUCUCGAACAGCAAGUAAUGCCUCAGGAGACAUUAAAUGUCUCUUGUUUGGUCCAGGAAGUACUUAUGAUAAAUUUGCUAUGCGCCUCACUAGGCCACAAAAUCCCUUAAGUCCUUAUUACGGCAAACCAUGGACUUCUGUAUUUCCUCGGAACGUAGGAGCUUUUGCCUUUAAUAACUAUUGUGGUGGAAACUUUAGCAUAGGCAAUGCAUUUGGUCUUAGGUACACCCGUAUUUCUGGGAGGUUACAGCUGGAGACCCUAGUCAAUAUGAAUACAGCAAAAGCCCUUCCCCCCGGUAUAUUUCUAAUUUGUGGGGAUAGGGCAUGGGCCGGGGUACCUAAGAAUAUAGUAGGAGGACCCUGCUAUUUAGGAAAGCUAACCUUGUUUGCACCACGGCAAGCGGAAUGGAUGAACAUCAAUAGGAUGCUAUCAGGAGAUGGCAGCCUGAGGGAUCAACGUUCGGCAAUGAUUCUGGCUGAAGAUUGUCGUGACGAGGUACAGCUAUGGACGGUCACUGCGAACAUCUUUGCGUCUAUCCUAGCACCAGGACUGGCGGCUGCACAAGCUUUGAAGCAGAUUGAGCGAUUGGCAUGUUGGACAGUCAAACAAAGCAAUAUUACGUCCCAGAUUCUUGAGGAAAUGCUGGAGGACAUGGACAGUUUACGGCACGCGGUGUUGCAAAAUAGAGCAGCUAUAGACUUUUUGCUGUUAGCGCAGGGACGCGGGUGUACUGAUUUUGAGGGAAUGUGUUGUUUUAAUUUGUCUGAUCAUAGUGAUUCCAUACAUAAGCAGAUUCGCUGGCUCCUGAAUCACACGCAAUCUGUGAGUAAAGAUCAUAACCCCAUAGACGAUUGGCUUCGUUCUACUUUCCCAGGCCUUUCCUCAUGGGCAUACGGCCUGAUAAAAGAAGGUUUACGAUGGUUACUGAUCUUGCUAUUGAUAAUUAUAGGUGGACGAAUUGUGUAUGGCUGUAUUCAAAGGGCAAUCGAUCCCCCUCGAGCCAUGCCGGUAUUUAGUACAACGUUUUCGACGAAUGAUUUUAUUCAAGAUUGGCUUAAAGAGCAAGGAGGUCAUAACUCCUUGGAAUAUCUUGAGAUGCGUCCAUAAAAUAAAAAGGGGGGAAUUGCAGUGGGUUUUAAUCUGUAUCUGAAUCUGAGUUUCUAAAAGAUGCUCGAACUAGCUUGCGUGGCUUAGGAGCCAGGGACGGUUUAUGCUUGGAACAUAGCAUAGAUUGUACCCUUAGAUUGUAUCUAGGAUUGUUCGUGCUUGGUGAAUGGGUUUCUGGAAUGCUUGCCUUUGUUCCUUCGAUAUGCUUGUCUAAACACUGUACCCUAGGUAUGUGAUUUAUAGAAUUGUUUAUAACCAUGGUUUCAGGUUCUGUAUCUAUAUAAGGUGUGCUGUGGUUACAAUAAACGAAGCUGUUCACUCAUAUUGAGUUGGUGUGCUUCCCCAGGUUUAUCAGCAGGUUUCCCUGGCCAAGUGGGUUAUUC